AUGGUCACAAUUCCACAACAUACAUCGCAUACUAGUCUUGCUAACCGAAGAUCUUCUUCAUUCUUUAAUACACCUGUUGCUCCACCGCAACCAGAUGUUUAUUAUGUCGGUGUAGAUGUUGGUACAGGUUCUGCUCGUGCUUGUCUUAUAGACACUAAUGGAAUAAUCCUUGGAUUAGCAGAAAGACCCAUUACCAGACAUGAAUUGAAACCUAACCAUAUCACUCAAUCGUCAACUGAAAUUUGGAAUGCUAUUUGUUAUUGUGUCAAUACUUGUAUUCGUGAUUCAGGAGUUGACCCUCUGGAAGUAUUUGGAAUUGGGUUUGAUGCAACCUGUUCUUUGGUCGCAAUUUCUGAAUCAACUGAUGAACCUGUAGCUGUUGGUCCAGACUUUACUGACCAUAAAGAAAAUAUUAUAUUAUGGAUGGACCAUCGAGCUGUUGAUGAAACUAAUGCCAUUAAUGCUACAGGUGACAAAUCUUUGAAGUAUGUCGGUGGUCAAAUGUCCAUAGAAAUGGAAUUACCCAAAAUUAAAUGGUUAAAGCAUAAUUUACCCGGUGGUAUUUCAGAUUGUAAGUUUUAUGACUUAGGAGAUUAUUUAACCCAUAAGGCAACUGGUUCAGAAGCCAGAAGUUUCUGUUCAGCUGUAUGCAAACAAGGUUUUGUUUCACCUGGUGUUGAAGGUUCCGAGACUGGUUGGUCAGAAGAACUUUUAUUGUCCGUUGAUUUACCAGAGUUAGUGGAAGAUAAUUUCAGAAGAUUAGGAGGAAUCCCAGGUAAAAAUGGGGUUUUCUUAAGUGCUGGAGAUAUUGUUGGUAAAUUGACAGCCGAUGCAGCUGCUCAAUUAGGUUUAACAACAGAAUGUAUAGUUGGAUCUGCAGUUAUUGAUGCUUAUGCUGGUUGGAUUGGUACAGUUGCUGCCAAGGCUGAUAUUGCUGGUUUACAAAAUCAGGAUUCAGACUCAAACAUUGAAGCUGCUUGUGGUAGAUUGGCUGCUGUUGCUGGUACUUCAACAUGUCAUAUUGCUAUGACUAAGGAGCCAUGUUUCGUUAAGGGUGUUUGGGGUCCAUAUAAAGAUGUUAUGGCUCCUGGAUAUUGGUUGGCUGAAGGUGGUCAAUCUAUGACUGGAGCUUUAUUAGCCCAUGUAUUAGCCAUUCAUCCUGCCAGUCAAGAAUUAGCUCGAUUAGCUGAAGCAUCAAAUGUUUCAAAAUUCGAUUAUUUAAAUUUAACAUUAGAAAAUUUGGUUACUGAUAGAAAUGUUAGAUCGGUAGUCAGUUUAGCUAAGCAUAUGUUUUUCUAUGGUGAUUUCCAUGGAAAUAGAUCUCCUAUAGCCGAUCCAAAUAUGAAGGCUAAUAUUAUAGGACAAUCAAUGGAUUCAUCAGUUAAUGAUUUAGCUAUUCAAUAUUUUGGAGCUUGUGAAUUCAUUGCUCAACAAACUAGACAAAUUGUUGAAGAAAUGGAAAAAUCAGGCCAUGAAAUAGGUUAUAUUUAUAUGAGUGGAGGGCAAUGUCGUAAUGGAUUACUCAUGAGAUUGUUAGCUGAUUGUACUGGUAAACCAAUUAUUAUUCCUAGAUAUAUUGAUGCUGCAGUUGUAUUUGGAUCUGCGAUUUUAGGAGCUGUGGCAGCUGAGGAUUCAGUAUCUGAACAUAUUUCAACUAGAGGAAGAUCCAGAAGGUCAUCAAUUUUACAAUCACAAAGAUCAGGAACUAAUUUAAGUCUUGGAGGUCUGCAACCACCAGCUCGUGAUUCUUCAACUAGUGUUCCUCCAGCACAUUCUCCUUAUACUGCUCCUAGUGCCACUGCCAGUAGCUCUAAUGUUGUCAGUUUAGCAUAUGCCAGUUCAGGUAGUGGAUCACAUCAUCAUAUUCCUGCUAUGACUCCUAUGGAAGAAGAACAAGUUGAUUAUUUCAAUCAACCAACAGCUCCUGCUAAUUUACCAACAUCAGAUAUUAGAAAAUCAGUUAUUUCAUCCGACGAUGAUGAUUCUGGCGAUGAAUUAUCAUUUGGAUCUAAACUGAAGGUUCAACAAGAUUUACAACAAAAGUUCCAUAAAUUGGGUCUCAAACCAUUAUCAACUAUCCGUAAAGUUAGUAGUAAUAAUCCAGUUCAAAAGGUAUCACCUGAAGAUAAAUUAUGGAAAGUAAUGGAAAAGAUGACUGGACCAGGUAGAGUUAUUCCUCCUAGUGAUAAGAAUGACCCAGACAGAAGAUUAUUAGCUGCCAAAUAUGAAAUCUUCCUUGAACAAUGCUUCCAACAGCGUAGAUAUAGAGACAUUGUUGAUCAAGUUGAAGUUGAGAAUAUUAAGGCUACUGGUUCUACGACAGUCGUUUAA